AAGUAACAAAGUUCUCCUGUAGUGCACAGUUUACAGGCUCACAGCACUAGUACCUCUCUCUUAGUGGUUCCAGGUUUUACUACCAAGCUUAUAACAGGUUACACGGAGUUCGUUUAGGUUUAUAGUACACCUGUUCCUAUAAGUUGACUUAUAGUCAUGUAUAGAACGAAAUUAUAGGCGCAGUAAAGGCUAAGAAGGCCUAUAAAAGUGUUGUAUAGGUGUAAAUACACUUGAGAAAACUUGCUCCAGUAAGUUACACUUAUAAUUGUCUACAAGAAGUAAUUAUAAAUCCGCUAUAAGUGUCUUAAGCCAGUAAUAGUAAUUUAUAGAACUAAAUACACUUAGAACCAUUUGCAUUUGUUACUUGACCUUGUAGGGGUUUAUAAGUCAACUUUACGUGCCAAUUAUAAGUGAAUUCUACAAUGGUUUCCUCUAAGAACGUACGUGGUAUUAUUGUGGACUCUCGAAUGCUGUUAUAGUCUUAAUUUCUAUGUAAAGGUUUCUUGUAAAACUAUUAGUGUCCAAAGAUAUCUUCGUGAAGUCCAUUUAAGAAGACAAUUGCUUUUAAUGUUUAUCGCAUCUUCACGGCCAUUUUGAUUUCUUUUGAGUCAUUGGGUUUUUAUUAAAUUAUUAUAAAAAUGGAUAUAAACAUAUGGAAGCGGUUAAAAAAAAGCGGUUCAUAUAAAAGGAAAGUGCAGAAAACAUACCAACAAAUGAUAAGUGUGCCGAGUACUAGAUUUACAUCGAGCCAAGAACGUUCUGUAGAAGAUGGUGAGGGUUCCGGACGAAAUAAUAAUUUUCAAGAUAUUAGUCCAGGAGUUAGUAGUGGCGUUUCGGUACAAAACAAGGUUUUACCCACAACAAGUGAUUUAGACUCGGACGAUGACGAGGAAUAUAUUUGUGACAACUCUGAUUCUGAGCAGGAAGAUGAAGAUGACUGCUAUUCAACAUACGAGGAGAAUAAUAAACUACGUAGUAACCUUAGUAAAUGGGCAGUAGAACACAAUAUUCCACAUGUGGCGUUAAAUUCAUUAUUAAAAAUUUUAAAUAUAAAGUUGAAAAAUAUCCUCCCUAAUGACGCACGAACUCUUCUACAAACAAACAAGGCAAAUGUGGAUAUUAUUUGUUCAGCUCCAGGGGAAUAUUGGCAUAAUGGUCUGAAAAAAUGUUUAAAAAAUAUUGUUGAAGAGCUCUCUGUCCCACCUGAUAAAAUUUCUUUAAAAAUAAACAUUGACGGCCUUCCAGUGUUUAAAAGUUCUAAGUACCAGUUUUGGCCCAUUUUAUGUUCAGUAUCUGAAAUUCCACUGCCGCCUUUUGUCGUAGGUAUCUAUGCUGGUGAUGGAAAGCCUAAAGAUCUUGACACUUUUUUGGGACCUUUUGUAACAGAAAUGCAGCAACUUCAAGAGGGACUUAAAAUAACAGACAAAUCACAAAGAGAAAAAAUAAUACAUGUCAAAUUAGGAGCAUUCAUUUGCGAUUCACCUGCAAGAGCUAUGAUAAAAGGUGUAUCGAACUUUAAUAGUAAACAUGGAUGCCUUAAAUGCACGGUGGUCGGGGAAUACUCUCACAAAUCAAAUACUGUGACAUUUCCCCAGUUUAAUUGCCCCAAAAGGAAUGACCAAGACUUUCGUAAAAAGAAAUACGGGCAACACCACAAGUUAGACUCGCCGUUACUCAAACUCAACAUUGAUAUGAUUGAAGAUUUUCCGGUGUCAGAUUCGCUGCAUCUCAUUGACCUGGGGCUUAUGAAAAGAUUACUAAUAGGAUGGCGUGAUGGCAAUUUUGGUAUUUAUCUAACUAAAUGGAGUGCUAGCGAUAUAGCUAAAGUUGACAAUUUCUUAAAUGAUUGUGAAAUGCCUACAGAAAUACAUCGGUCAGUUAGAUCACUGGACAUUUUAAAACACUGGAAAGGUUCAGAGUUUCGUAGUUUUCUUUACUACCUUAGCUUGGUGAUUCUUAAGGAGGUCUUAAAAGAAGAAGCUUAUACACAUUUCAUGCAUUUCUUUUGUGCUAUCACAAUCUGUUCGAUCGAAAAACAUUUUAAAUUCCUUCAGAUUGCUGAAGAAAUGUUGGCACAUUUUACAGAACAGUUCAAAAGAAUAUACGGUAAAGACUAUGUGACAAGUAACAUUCACAAUCUCUCACAUUUAGUUGACGAGGUUAAAAAAUUCGGGACUCUGCAAAAUUUUAAUGCCUACGAAUUCGAAAAUAAACUUCAACAUUUGAAGCAUAUGGUAAGACAUGGAAAAAAGCCACUACGUCAAAUUGCAAGGAGAAUCAUUGAAAGGGAUUUAGUUGAGUUAAAUAGUCUAACAACAGAGAACAACAAAUGUCCAGUUAUAAAGAAAAAUGUUUUAUGUUUAAAUUCAUUUAUAUUAUCAAAAAAGAAACAAGACAAAUGGUUUCUCACUAAUGAUAAUCACUUGGUUGAAUUCAUAUCAUUUUAUAUUAAAAACAAUAGUCAGACCCAGGAGCAAGAUAUAGAAAUACGUGGUUUUGUUGUGCAACAAACUCAAGAUGCAUUUGAAAAGCCACUAAAAUCUUCUUUUUUAAACAUUUAUCAGUGUGAUAAUGAUGAAUUACAUCGCAACAGAGAGGCCGAUAUUUUCAAAAUUUCAAUUAUUAAGUGUAAAAUGGUGAGUAUUUUGUAUGGUAGGAAAAUGUUUUUCAUACCUUUGUUACAUACUCUGUAAGUGAACAUAAUAAAAGUCUGUAAUAAUCAAAAUUAAAGUUUUAUUAUUUCAAUAACAAUUUUUUUUAUUACAAUAAUCUUAAAGCGAGACCAAAAUCAAUCUUAAAAGGUAUAAUCAAUGAGGUAAUCACGUUCCUUUCCUUUAGCAUAUUGACAAGAAACAGUCACAAUCAUUUAUCACAAUUACAAGUCCUUCAGUAUCUUGUGUAUCAAAUACUUCCUUUCCUUUAUUUAUGCUUACAUAUAGAUAAAAAUAAAUAUAAUUUUUGACUAACCAAACGUGACUUUAAAAUUAAUAGCCAAAAUUCGUCAGAUUACUAAGUUAUGCUAACGAAAUACUCUAUAGUUGUAGGUUAAACAAAAAAAGUUAAAAAAUUUAACAUUAAAAAAUUAUGUGCUUAAAAAUUAAUGAACAAAACUCACAAUUCCAACAAAUUAAAAAAAAUAUACAAAACUAUGGUAAAAACAGCAUUUGGCCUAGGUUGGGCCCGGCCUACCUACAACUUUUUUGUGAAAAGUCGCAGCCAUUGAUGGAACUUCCAUAACUCGAUAGUUCGCUUUAAUACAAAUUGAAACUAAAGAGUGAUAAAAUCUCACAUUUCCAAGGUAAAGGCUGUCAAAAGUUUCAAAACUCCAAUAUUAGAACGUUUGAUGGCCUGUAUCUCGGAAAUGUGACACUUUAAGAGAUUUUAUCACUCUUCAGUUUCGAUUCGUAUUGAAACAAUCUAUCGAUUUAUGGAAGUUCCAUCAAUGGCUACGACUUUUCACAAGAAAAGUUGUAGGUGGGACGCAACCCCUCA